CGAUCAGUGAGAUUAGGAUCAGCUGACUUGCUGGGGUCAGUGUUGAGUGGUGUGUACUGUCACUACUGUGUUAGUACUGGUGGCAAUUUUGGUAUGCGAUUUGUUUAUCGAUUGUGUUAAUUUAGGAGAAUGUGUGUCUUCUCUGAGAAGUAGCCUAAUCAUAAAAAUAUGACAAUCCAUUCUGCAUGCAUGUUGAAAGUUACUACUAAGAUAAAUAAAGGUUAAAGUAAAGUGUAAAGACCAAAGAAAAUAAAGAAGAGUAGCACCAGAGUCGAGUGUCACUUAAACUUAAAGUUAGAGCAGUCUAAAAAAAUUAGUCUACUUCCUCUAACCCACUACAACCGAACUACUAGAUUCACUUUCGUUUGCAAUUUUCUGCAGUUCAGUGAUUGAAUUAAUACUUAAUUUUAAUGAAGAAUGAUAAGAAAACAGCAGUGCAUUAGUAUUAUUAUUACACUGUAAAUGAGUAAAUGUAAAACUAAAUCUUGUUGACUACAUCUGCACUGAUGAUCCCAUGUAAAUGUAAAGAAAUAAUGAAAAUUAGACAUGCCUGUUCUUAGUUUAAUUCCACAUGGUUCCAGAUUUAAAGAAGACUGGAGUAACAUUUCCACUACUGAAUUUGGGAGGCAUAUAUCAACUGAAAAUGUAACUCAAAAUUCAUCAUUAACAUUCAUUUCAUCUACCAAUGAUUCAAUUUCUGCAAUGAAAACCAUGGGGUUGACUAAAGAACAUUUUGCCAAACCUGAACAAAUCACUGUCGCCUUUGAUGCAACCCCUGCAACUGUAACUGAUAUAACAUCAUGGGGAUCAUUGCCAACUUUGCAGCCAGCAUUACCUUCAACAGUUCAGUUAAGCCUAACUAUUGUGUACAUAGUGAUGUUUUCUUUAAUUUUUAUUUUGGUAUAUGUUCAACUUUGGAUGAUAUGGUACUACAGACACAAACGUUUGAGUCAUCAAACUCUGUUUCUUUUUAUGGGCUUAGUUUGGGCUGGAUUGAGAACAUCCUUGUUUUCAUUUUACUUCUAUGACUGUGAGGAAGCCAAUAACUUAAAGAUUCCAUUUUACUGGCUGCUCUACAGUUUCCCAGUUUGUUUACAGUUCUCAAUGCUGUGUCUGCUGCUACAUUUUUUUGCUCAGGUAUGUAGGCUAUUAAUCCUUAUUAUAUUAAUAAUUUGGUAUGUAGGCUACUAUAUUCAUAUGAAAAAAGAGCUCUUCACUUUACUCUGACUGAGACAAAAUAAAAAUGAAAAACUUUUCAUAAAUAUAGCCACAAAUUGCUAACUACUAUUUCACAUUAAUGACCUGGAAACAAAUACCUAUGUUAUUAGAAGCUAUCUUUCAAGUGUAUACAAAUUUUUUCUCCUCAUAUUUUAGUACAAAAUAAUUAAAGAUCUGAGGCCGAAUUACUUUUACUUUUCCUGAGUUAGCGAUGAAACAUUGAAUGAAACCUUAUAUUAGAUACAUAUUUAUAUAUAUAGGUCUCACAAUGACUUAGAAUUCAGUAGCAUAGACAGGACUUUUGGAAAAAAGGAGGGGGGGGGGGACAACCAAGCCACAGAGUGUUGAUGGAGAAUGGAAAUGCUAAAUCGAGGGUGCUGAAGGCAGACAAGUGAAAGUGGGUAGAGGUCUCAUCGAACCCUUCUGAAUUUUUUUUAUAAAUUCAAAAUACAGGGGUGCAUUUUUGGCAUACCUGAAUUUAGUUUUAUGCACUUGUGAACCAGAUGAGAUGCUAGUGAAAAUUAAUUUCCUCUGGGUCAGUAGUAUAGCUAAGGUUAGUGUGCCUAGAGCAGUCCAAGAUUUUUGUCGCCCCCUUUUACGAAAAAAUUCUGCUGGCCUAAAAUGCCACCCCUGCGUAUAAAGAAUAAAUUUCUACCCAGAGUGGACUGCUCUUCCGCACUCCCUUCCUAUGCCACUGCACUGGGUGAGCAGUGACGGUGAGCACUAAUCAGCUUUUCACUGCCUUGAAAAUACAUUUUACUUUCAGGUGAUGAUAAAAUUAUGUGGCACAUCAUUUAGUAUCUAAAAUAUUUGCUAAUUUUUUUAUUACUAUAAAAUUGCUAUUCAUAUAGUAUUUUUUUAAAUUCUAGAUUGUUUUCUUUGUAUUUUGCGGGUAUUUACCUAAUGGUUAAUCUGUGCCUGAUAACAUUGUAGUUGUAUGUGUUCAUAAUAAUAAAAUUAAUUAAUUAGCAUAAGCUAAUCUUUAAUUGGAUAAAAUCUGUCAAAUAGGGUUUUACAAAUACAGAUGACAUAUGAUAGCAGAAUACAUGCUUUUUUACUUUUUUUCUUUUUCUUAUUGAAAUUUACUAUGCCACUUUAAUGAAUUUGUGAUAAUCCUAGUUGAAAUAUUUCUCUUUUUUAACCUAUUUGGGUGUUUUUAAUCAGCUUAUUAAGUUAUUUUCAUAAAGAACAUAGUCCAGAAUAUUUUGUUUAUUUCUUUUAUUGUGCUGUUUUUAUUAACUGCCUUUGUGUUAAAUAAAGAAAUGCAUGCAUAAUGCUUUUUUUAAAUCCCACAAUAUUAUAACAAUAUUUUAAGUCCCAAAAUAUGUAACAUGCGAUUCAAAAAAUACUUUUUUCCCCUGUUACCUAUGUUGUAUAGCCUAAAUUAUAAAAAGUAAUUUUUUAAGGUGGGAAUACCAGAUUUAAAAUUUUAAAUUAAUCAUUAUUAAUUAUAUUUGUUGUUUUCAUGCUAAACACUAACAUACAUAUAUUCUUUUUUAUUUAGAGUUUUUGAGUAAAAAAAGAAAUUUUAAUUUUAAUUGGUGUUGUAGCCUACUUGUUAAAUUUUAUUUUUAUUAUUUUUUAAAAAUAAUUUUUAAUCAUCACUUCUUAUAAUAUAAACUGAAUAUAUAAAAUAAUUUCAAAUCAUGAAAAUAAAUCUUUAUUUUAACAAAAUAAUUUUUUCAAGUGUUAUAUUUUAAGUGGAAAUAAUUUGAGCAGUAAUUAUUAAGUUUGAGUUACUAUUUCAUGAAAUGGAGUGAGAAAUUUCUAUUGGCCCUUCUGACAUAGUGUUAACAAUAGGAGUAAUGAAGUGGGCCUUGCCCAAUUGUGAUAAAGAAACUAUUGUCAUGACAGAUACGUGACAUAAUCUUCAGAAGCAAUACACUUUUAAAAUUCACUAUAUCCUCUUUAUCAUAAAUAUAUCAAUUAAACUUUUUUUAUUUAAUUUCUUUAUCUUGUUAUCUCAUUAUGUAUUGUGAGGUGGGGGUAUAGAGAACCUGUUUGAAGUGUAAAGAAUAUUUUAUAUUUUUCUAGGAUAUAAAAUAUAUUGAAGUUUCUAAAUAUAGGUUAAUCUUCUCUUAACAACAGAUGUAUGAUAGUGAGUCAUAUGACCAGAAAGAAUGUGUGCACAGUUGCAAUAGCUUUCAUUGAGAUAUGGUGGAGGGCUAAGAGGGUUGCAUUGUUUGUCUUGCAUAAGGGGGAGUAAUCACGCUCACUUUUACAUACUAAUCUAGGCCUUAAAGAUAGGGCAUGUGAUAAGUAGGUCUAUUUUCUUCUUGUGUUAUUUAUCCUAUUAAUUAAAUUUUCAUGCAUUGAAGAAAAUAUAAAAAAUUCAGAUGCUCUUAAGCAUGUCUAAAUGAGAUAUGUAAAAAAAAAACUAUAUUCUUUAGUUCUAUAGAAAUUUUCAUUUACAUACAUGAAUCAACUGUAAUUGCAUUUAGGUGUGUUCUUUUUUAACUUAUAUUUUUUAUACAGUAGCCUAUUAGUAUUAUUUUUGUUGAGAAUGAUGGGAAUCAUAUUAUUUUUUUUUAAAACUUUUAUUCAACUUGACAUUUGUUUGUUUCAACUUCUUGAAAGAUUUUUUGAAAAACUUCCCUAUGUCAUGGAGAGGGACCAUUUAAUACACAGCUUAAUCUUGCAAAGCAUUUUAUUCUGCCAAAAUAUCCAUCUUCAAAUGAUCUGUAUGUCCUAUAGAAAUUUCAGGUUUUAAUUGUUUAAACUGAUCCAAAAUAAAGCAAUAUAAAAAAAUCAAUUUAUAAAACAAUUGUUUCCAAAAUGUAAUAAUAUGUAUAAAAUUAAUGUCCCCCAAAACAGACCUGUAAAAGCCAUACAACCAAAAAAAAAAAGCGUCACUCAAGGGUCCAUGGAUGUACUUAUCAAGAAGAGUAGUAUUUGGCAUGGAAAGGGGGGGGGGGGGGUGUUGUAAGUGUGCAAAGUUUCAGCUCAACUGGAGAUCAAUAAAUGGCUCAAAAUUGAAAAAUUGAGAUGCAAGAUUUGACCCAGACAAUAAAGCAUAAUCACAAGCUAAAGUGUGUAAAAACAAGGGAAAUUUAUUUUACAGUUACACUUAGGUAAAUGUUUAGAUAAAUUGUUUACUUUUUGGUUACCCCAGUACUUUCAAGAAAAUUUCAAGCAAAAGGCCAGAAACUUUUUUUUUUUUUAAAUGUGCUAACCACCAAAAAAUACAUUUUUAUUUUUAAAAAUCUAUGCUAAUUUUGUCAAUUUGAAAAGCAGAAAUUUUGCAAAAAUAUUAAUUUAUAAAAACAAGCAAAUAAAAAAAUUGUUAUUUAACAUUGCGUUCCACUAGGGGUCGCAAACCGGAAUACCGACUCUCGAAAAUACAGGGAUACCGGACUAUAACGUAUGCUUAAAAAUACAGUGAUUGGAUUUAUGAUAACCAGGAUUUUUUAAUUUACGGUAUUUCAUUUUCAAAAACUAUGUAUCACUUUUAUUAGUUUCCAUGUGGUAGUUAAAGCAAGACUACCAAUAAUUAAUUUGAUUUGCGAAGUGCGAGCCCCUCGCACUACAUGUCACAAGAUAAUGACAACUGCAGUUUUCAUGUUACAGUUGAGUUCAUUUAAAAUAAUGAAUUUGUUUUCAAAGAUUUAAAUUGGGAACGUUAGAAAAAUUGCCAAAACUUUCAGAAAAUACAAUUCUUCAGAUAUAUUUUAAGAAAUAGGUCGUGAGCUUAAUUUGAUUUUAGAUUGCAACACAAGGUGGAACUUUUAAGCAGACAUGUUAGGAAGGAUAUUAAGACUAAAAAAAUCAAAUUAAUAUAUCACUUAUUGAUUAAAAAAUUGAUCUCAAGACGAAUUUGAAAAACUGUUUCAUCUUAGCAAAAUAUUUAAAAUACUCAAAGCAACAGGUAGAAGAACAGCUUUGAUUUUAUGUUUAAUAAAUUAGAUACCAUGCGUCAUGGAAUAGUUGCACAUUAACUUGUUGCCUCUCUGAAGCGUCGGAUUAAAGAGCCCAGAUUGUUGGUAGCUUUAACAUUGAAAUACUGGCAUAACCCUAAGAUGCACUUUGAUUAGUCAAAUGACUACUUGGACGUAUUUCUAAGGUCAGAUUGCGACAGAUGUGCAAACAUAUUGUGGACAUUCAAAAGCUUGGUCAAAUAGCGGAUUCCUCGUUAGAAAUGUCUACAGGCAAUAAGAUUGAACAUCUUGGAUCUGAGCAUGAAGAACCUGAAGACACACUGAUGCUUUAGAAACAAUUAGAAAUUGAAAUACAAAAGAAACUUGAAGCUAAGAAUAAAACUUCCAGAUCAACUAAUGAAGACAUUGAUGCAUUGGUAAAACUAGAGAUGGUUUAAUUUAAGAAUGGGGGUUCAAGAGGAAAAUAUCUAGAAAUUGCGUAUGAUGUUCUAGGGUCUAUUCCUCCGAACAGUGUGGAGUCUGAGCUUGUGUUCUCAUCAUCAAAUUACUUUUGUAACCAUUUGCGGUCAAAAUCAAGCAAUCAAACAAUAGACAUGUUGAAAUUUUUAUGAUAUCAUUGCUUAAGUUUGACCAAAGAUUCAAAGAACACAAAUUAUUUUAAUAUUUGAUUAAUAAAACUAUCUAAAUGAAAAAGUUAAGAAUAUUAUUUUUGUAUGUUUGAUUAAUGUCUGGAGUUAGACAUUUGUGUUAUUGUUAAAAGCUAUUAAAAAUCAAAAUGUGAUUUGUUCUGAAUGUUUUUAUUUCAUUGAUAAAUCGUCCACUUUCAUCUCUGCAAAAAAUUCUCUAAAUAUUGAAAAUAUCGAGGAUUCUGAUAUUCAUAAAACUUCAAUAUAAAAAAUAAAGAACUUUGUAAAAGGGGCCAGUAUUGGACCCCUACUUUCUACUACCCCACCCCAUAUAAUACAAUAUAACAAAGUUUUAACCCCUACCCCCUUGGCAUUAUAUAAUUUGUGCAUGGGACCUUAUAGUAAUAAAAUAAUUGCCUUGCAAUCAGUAUAGUAAAUCCUUAAAUGAAGUACCUGACAUUAAUUUAACAGCUAAAACAUUUCUGAAGUUUUAUAUGACCCUCUUGUAGAGUAGAGCCUAUUGUGUUAAAGCCUAACUGAUAAAGGUUCUCAAUUUUUCUCCCUUUAGUAAUCUUUAUUUUUAAUUGCUUUAAAUAUUUGUGAUUUUAAAUUUUGUGGUUUGGCAAUGUUAUCUUGUACUGUCUUCUCAUAAAUCUGCCACUUUCCACAAGUCUUUUUUUUUCUUCAAUUUUUUAUACACAUUAGAUUAAAACAAGCUCUAAACUUAUUUUUUCAAUUUGAGGCAUAAUUCCUGGCACAUAAAGAAUAAAACAAGCUCUCAACUUAUUUUUUCAAAUUGAGGCAUAACUCCUGGCACAUAAAGAAUAACAAUGACGAUUUUUUUUUUUCAGGUUGUGUUCAAGGCAAAAGCUAAAUAUGAACCAGGGCAGUACCAGUAAGUAUCUAAAUUUGAAGUCUCAACAAUUAUGUGACACUAUCAAGUUGUAUUCACACUUUUCAUGUCUAUGAAGGAUCUGUUUAAGCACACUUUCAAUGAGCAUAUUUAAAUUUGUAUUAAUCUAAUUUGAAUCUUACACAAUUUAUGCAGAAUUUGCUUCAUAAAAAUUUGGAACUUGACAAAUUUGGCCUGAAAAUCUUUAGCACUCUAGUGAGUUUUAAUUUAUUUCUAGUGACACUCCCAUCGUCAGAUUACAUAAGGUGUUUGAUGUUUAAGCUAAUGACCAUGCCGCCAGUCUUAUUUGAUCUGUGUUAUUUGUGUUUGAUUUGUUAAAAUUCAAAUAUUUUGAUCAAAUGUGAAAAACUUUACUAAGUUUACCUCAUUACAAGAUCAUUUGUGUUUGUUGUUUUUUUUCUCUGCAGACGCCCACUUCGUAUCUUUCUUUGUCUCUCUGUGCUGCUGUUCACAGCCAUGAAUCUAGCUUGUGCUAUUGUUACCAAACAACAUGAAAUGGAGUAUGCAUCAGUUCCUCUGUUUUUAUUCUACAUACGUGUCACAUUGACAGAAACCAUGUUUUUAAUAUAUGGAAUAUUGCUCUCAGUUUGCAUCUUCAAAAUGACUAAAAUGGCCACAUCACAAAGGGUUUUAGAAGCUAAGGUAAAGAAAGAUAUUAAAUUAUUGCUCGUGUGGUUUUUUUUUACCAAGAAAAAUGCUUUUUAAUUUUAAAAAAUUGUUCUAAAAUUGGGUUUGCAUUUAGGAUGUCUAUGUUACAAAUUUGAUUUUCAAAAGACAUAAUUAAAUUGUGAAAAAUAAUACCUCUUUAAAAUGUUCUGUUUUUCUCCAUGUAUUUAUUAUAUUAUAUGCUACCUUUAAAAAGGGAUAUUUGAGUAAAAUGGGAAUACAUAAAAUGAUACUUCAAUCAAGAAAGCUUUUCAAAUUGAUCAUCUACCUGGAAAGUUAUUGUAGAUGCUUUUAAAAACAUUUCACAAAAUGUGCUAAUUUUAUAUGAUGCAUAUAUUUGAUGAAUAAGCCUAAUAGAAAACAAACACACAGCACACCCGCCCCCAACUUCACACACACACACUUUUAGAAAAAUGGCUAAGAAAUUCAUUCAUGAAUAAUAAAUGUGGUUUAAAGACAGUUUUAAAUAAAUCAUCAUAAGUGGCCAUUAUUUGAUUCCCGUGCAUGAUUUUCUCCUCAGGGAACCACUGUCAGAAGAGCAGUGGUGGUCACAAUUUUGAUAACCCUUUUAUUUCUGUCACGUACUGUGUAUAACCUCAUUUCUAUCUGUCCUGCAAUGAAGUCAACUCCAAACUUUGGUUAUGAUUGGAUCAAUGUCACGGACCAGGUAUUUUAAAACAUUUAUUUUGUUUAUAUUGAUCAAAAUAAAACAUUUGAAUUUUAAAAACCAUAUUCAAUGUUUGAUUUUAACCCAAAUAGUAAAAUCUAUUUGAAUCAGAUGUUAUAAUUUGCUUUUGCAUGAGAUGAGAUCUCAUAAUAUAGUCAGAAGUCUAGUCCUCUGUAAAAAUUUAAGAAAGUUUCAAAUAAUUUGUAAAUUGAUACACAUUAUGGAAAGCUUUACUGAAGAUGAAGUAAAUAUUUUAGCAAAUUAUUUUUUUUAAAGAACACAUAAAACAGGUAUAUUGUUGUAUGUAUGUGUUCUUUAUGAACUUUAGCUACAAAAUGGUAAUGAAAGGAUUUUUUGUUUGACUUUCCUGCAGUCUUAAGUAAUAUGUGUGAUAUUUUAAUCAUCAUCAUUGCCUUCAUUUUUAUUUUUUUUAAACUUAAUUUAAAUAUUUUAGAUAUUUCACAUUAAUCAAUACUCUACUAUUACCAAAAAUUAAAACUUAAAUAAAGUGCUAAUUUUAUAUAAAUUGACUGCUUCUAAAAAACAAACUAUUUUCUGUCUCAUCAACAGGCUGAUUCUGUACCACGUUUGUCCGAGAGUCUUGCUUAUGUAUCUUUUGGUCUGGUUCUUUUUGUUUGGGAAGUUCUUCCUAUUUCCUUGGUUGUUAUUUUCUUCAGAGUCAAACGUUUCAGCUCUGGUCAGGUGGGUAAAUGAAUGUCCUUCUGGAAUUAAAUCAUAGCUCAUAUAUUAUAUAAAGUUAAUUUUGCUUUUUGGUAAUUCCCUGUAGUUGUUUUUUAAUUAACAAAAAUUUGAUAUUUUUUUUAAAUAAGUAUUUAUUAAAUCCCCUACAUGGGCUGUAGCGCCACAGGUAGGGGAUGAAUUCCUAUCGUAAUGACAGAAAUUUGUAAAACUAAUAUUUUUUUCUAUUGAUUGAGAUAAUUUUAUCAGCAUAUUAUUACUUAGUUUUUGUAAUUAACAUAAUUUUUUCCAGGUGUUAACAGAUUUUUCCACACAAAGUCAUGGAUCAAGGGUAUUUUUCUUUGACAACCCUAGACGGUAUGACAGUGAAGACGAUCUGUCUUCUCAACCCAGCUCAAAUCCGCAGUAAGAAAUUAUAGGAGAUAAUCUUAUCUACAUGACAAAACAAACCCAGGCACACACACACACACACAAACACUUACUUAGACAGAUACUGAGAGAAAUAAUUUUGGUAGUAUAAAAUAACUGCAAUUAAAUUAAUAAUUUAAUGUUGUAAAUAACAUAAGUCAUUGGUAACACAUAAUGUGAAAAUUGGAAAAAAUGUUUAUUUGGACAAUUUUUUUUUAUGUCAGCACAAUUCUUUUCCCCACAUUUUGGAAGCCUUCAAUCUCUUUAACUCUUUUACUGCGGAAAUUUUUUUAUCGAAAAAAUUUACAUUUUUUUCAAAGAGCAAAAAAGAGUGAGAUGUUGUGUUUAUUAAAAAUUAUUUUAAAUAUUAUGGUUUGGUUUAUAAGACUAAACUUGGUAGCAAAUGAAACAUAAUUGAAGUAAGAUAAAGAAACAGAAAAGAAGAAAAGAGCAAUAAAAUGUGACAACAUUAUAUGCAAAACAAUUUAUCCCCGAACCCUAUGUUGUACGCAUACCUCAUCUUCACUUUUAUAUCUCAGAUCCUCUAAAACUACUACUUUCAGAAUCAUGCAAUGGAUCUAAAUAUAAAUCAUUUUCACUAUCAAAAGAAAUAGUAUAAAACAAUUCCAAAGCUUUUUGAGCUGUUAAUCGUCUAGGAAACUUACUCACAUACUACGGCCUAGGGUAGCCAUAGCAACAGUAUUAUAGAAAAAAAACAGGGAAGUAAAUCAUUAAAAUAAAUGACAACAAAUAAACCUUGUUUUAGCGUAUAAACAAUGAAUAGGCCCUUCCACUCUUCUAUGUUAAAGUCUUAUUAAAAAUAGCUCUUAAAAAGCUUAAACGGGAAAUAGCAAAAAACAAACAUGAUAUUGAAACAACCCUGAGCGUGUUGCUUCGUGCUUUUUAUAACGGCAGAUGAAUGUACUGGGCGUGGCGCCGCAGCGAAAGAUGUAAUAAAAUGGGGAAAAAACUAAGUGUGAAAUCAAAAAUAAUUCUAUGAAAUACCAGAAAUUGUGUAUUGGAUUUCUUAAAUAAGUAAGUACGCUCUGAAAAGUUACAAGCCUGCAAUAAAAAUAUUGUUUAGGUAUUAUCUAAAUCAAUGAUUAUUUCUUUCAGCUUGGAUUAUUCUGGAUCUCGCUCUCUAAAUGGGGACAGUUACCGAUCCUUGUCACCAAGAGGAACCCCUGGUGGCACACCCAUCAGUGCUCCUAUAUGGAGUUACUUUUCAGCCACUCCCUCACUUCCCAAUCCUAGCACACCCAUUGUUUCUGGGACACCGAAUAAUAAUUCAAUCAUCAGCUCUCCUCGGAGAAUGGGAUAUGGAGCUCUCAUUGGUACAGGGGCCUCUCAACUGCGGCCUCACUCUGCACACAAUGUUGGCAGGAAGUCAUAGGACGGCCAUCGAUCAGUUUUUGUGACGUGACACUAAACCACAAUUUGUCAAGUUGGAAGAAAGGCUGUGAUUUUUCAUUUAAUGCAUAUACACAUUUUUCUACAUGACAAUGGUAAGCACAAGUUAUUGGGGGGAUGAUUUAAGAAAGUUACAGCAGUUUAGAGACAAGACUCUUUAUUUUACUAGUAAAAUUUUAAAAAAUUUAUUUUACCACUUGAUAAAUUAUAUAAUCAGUUUCCCUUUUAAAUAAAAUUUGAUCCAUUUCCAUGUUCAGAGCUACAACUUAGAUGCAAAAAAAGUGGGGGUGGGCUUCAUUUUUUGGUUUUUAAAUUGUAAUGAUACUAUAUAAGAAAUCAAAGCAUUAGGGCCAGUUUAUUUUAUGUCUGUGAUUUGGCCUGUUAUCUUAGUCUUACAAAAAAAGUAAUAAGAUCUAAGUGUCAUAGAAAUUAUUGUGAAUGGGGAGACGGAAGUAAGAGAAUGUACUUAAAAUUAUUCAAAAAUAUUUCAUGAUCCUUCCAUAAACAAAAUGUUGCUUUAUUCAAAGUGAAAAAUAGUAACAACAACAAUGAAACUGCAAAGCUCUGAUCUGCUACUGAUUAAAAGUAAAUCCUAAUGUAAGGUUGUAUUUUCUUGAU